AGCUGCGUUCAUGUGACCGAUUCACGUGUUUUUAAGGCAUAAAUAAGUCCGACACUGCCACAGCGGGUCUACAGACAGACGUCCGGGGCCGAACUGGAGCUGAGUAACUCACCGAACUGACAGAAACAACCGACAAAGACGCGACAGACAGGAUGUGGCAUGCAGCUCUGUUUCUAUUGGCUGCUGGCUUUUCGGUGAGCCUGGCCAGACCUCGCCUCCACCCUCUGUCCAAUGACAUGGUCAACUACAUCAACAAGGUCAAUACUACCUGGAAGGCUGGUCACAACUUUCAUAAUGUUGAUUAUAGUUACGUCCAGAAGCUCUGUGGCACAAUGCUGAAAGGACCUAAACUGCCCAUCAUGGUUCAGUAUUGGGGAGAUCUGAAGCUGCCUGCACAAUUUGAUGCCAGGAAGCAGUGGCCUAACUGUCCCACUCUGAAGGAGGUCAGAGACCAGGGCUCCUGUGGAUCCUGCUGGGCAUUUGGUGCAGCAGAGGCCAUGUCUGACCGUGUCUGUAUCCACAGCAAUGCGAAAGUCAGUUUGGAGAUCUCCUCUGAGGAUCUGCUGACCUGCUGUGACAGCUGUGGUAUGGGCUGUAAUGGUGGCUACCCCUCAGCAGCUUGGGACUUCUGGACCAAAGAAGGACUGGUCACUGGAGGUCUUUAUGACUCUCAUAUUGGCUGCAGACCUUACACCAUUGCACCUUGUGAGCACCAUGUGAACGGCAGCAGACCUCCCUGCACCGGGGAGGGUGGUGACACGCCUGCCUGCGUAAACAAGUGUGAAGCUGGAUACACACCUAGCUACCGUCAGGACAAGCACUAUGGUAAAACUGCUUACAGCGUGGAGGCGGAUGAAAGUACGAUUCAGGCUGAGAUCUACAAAAAUGGUCCAGUAGAGGGAGCGUUUACAGUCUAUGAAGAUUUUCUCCUGUACAAGUCUGGUGUUUAUCAGCAUGUGUCUGGUUCUGCUGUGGGUGGACAUGCCAUUAAGGUCCUGGGCUGGGGGGAGGAGAACGGUGUCCCUUACUGGCUUUGUGCAAACUCCUGGAACACUGACUGGGGUGACAACGGUUUCUUUAAAUUCCUGCGUGGAUCAAAUCACUGUGGUAUUGAGUCAGAGAUUGUGGCUGGAAUUCCCAAAUAAACCAAAGGUCUGAGGUGAAGAAUUGCCACUAGAUGGCGCUGUACUCUACUCGCCUGCCCUAUAACAAAUUAUUCUUCAGGUUCCCAACAAUCACUGUUGUCACAGUAACAUGAUGGUAAAAUGUGCCAGCACUCAGAUCAACAUUUUCUAUUUCAAAGCUGCUUGUAGCUGUUUUCAGAUCUUGUAGCAAGACCUGUUAGGACAGAUUUUGUCACAAUGCCACUGAAAGAAUAAGUUUUUGUCCUGCCAUAUCACCGUAUCCUUCCUUUUUUUUGUACUGUUGUGAUAUUGAGUGACAUUUUAGAUCAAUGAUGAUUGAAUCAAGUUUUUAGAACCACUCUAAGCAAAUUUCAAUGUGCCUAAUAAGUAGUGUUAGCUUUUUUGUUGUUUUUGUUGAUCUACAAAUGUUUUCAAACUUAUUGUCUGAAUGUACUGAUUGUACUGAUUGUAACUUCAUUUUAAAUGUUAGGACAAAUUUAGAAAAUGUUUUAAAAUUUGGAUGGAAUUUAGAUGGUUUUCAGCACAAUGUUUGCACAUUGUUCAAUUGAAUUUAAUAAACCUUUAAAGUGGUAA